UCCACGUUACCACCCCCACAAACGCGGGUUUAUCGACGAACCACUCUUUACGUCCGACGCUCUCUGUGUGCGACUGGAUCGACGGCGGUUGCGGUUUUCCAUAUCGGUCCGAUUCUGUGCGAUGCUGUGACUUGGAACGGAACAUAAUGGAGCUGCCCGCUUUUCUGCUGACUCUCCUGCUCGGCCAGGUCCCGUUCCUGUUCGCCGAGGAUUGCACCACGGGUUUCUCCGUGGUAGCACCGGAACUGGCCGUACCCGGGAAGACGACUGCGGUGCUUGUCACGUUGCACGGCCCCGAAGAGCCGCUCAACGUCACCCUGCAGCUACUGCCGGACACGAACCCGCGCGACGCUCCGGCCCAACCCCUCGCGCAAAUCACCCAAGAAAUUAAAGGUCACGGCAUCCUGACGCUGGACGUGCCGUCGGACACAAGCGGGGGCUGCGUGCUCCAGACGUUGAUAAACUGCACCGGCACCGACACGGCGACUUGCAACCUCGGGACCGCGUCCCAGAUGCGGCUCGUCGGACCAGUCCGGGACGUCAUCAUACGGCCGGCCAAGCACGCCUACCGUCCCGGAGAGACCGUCUCGUUUUGGGUGUUGGCGCUGGACCAUGAUCUGCAGAUAGCCGAGAAUUCAAUAGGAAGUAUCAGCAUCAAGGAUCCCGCAGGGACGAAAGUUGCGAUUUGGGAUCAAGUUCCUCUCGAUGAAGGCGUGAAAGCUUUCACGCUCGCAUUGUCUGAGAACGUUCGAUCGGGCCGUUGGCUCGUACACGUCGAGGUGGAAUCGGCCGAGUUCUCUACGCCGAUUGAGAUCGCGCCCGGCGUCGGAAACGGACUUCCGGACGUUGCCGUCGCCGAGGAGCACUACGUGGAGCUGCGCUUCGGCAGGGAGAUGCGAAGGCGGUACAAGCCCGGCCUGCCCUUCACCGGCAAGGUGGAGGCGAUGAGCACCGAGAAAUCGGUGAGGGUCCGCGUCAAAGUUUACGACAACACCACUUCAAUCUACAGCCAGGAUAUUGAAAUUUCAAAUGGAGAAGGCACUUUUGUCGUUCCCGCCAUUCUAGCCGACAGCGAUAUUAUUGCACUCCAGGCCGAACUGGUGUCCGUCGAGAGCAAAGAAAUCGAAAGUCAUUACGUGCUGGCCAGGGAGCCGAUCCACAAAUGGAACUCAUCGUCCGAUUGCUAUUUGCUAAUUGAGGGCGUCGAACACACAUUGCAGCCCGAGGAGGAGGCCCACGUGACAAUACUGUCUACGUGUCCGUGCGAACGUGACCUGCACUACGUUAUAACAACGGACGGCCGCGUCACCGAUUGGGCGCAGCGACGCUACGAAGACGUUAUGCCCCCGAUCACGGCCAGCUCCAGCGGUGCGGUCUGCAAACUCAACUUUAGUUUCAACGUGCAAUCCGUAAUGGCUCCAGUCAGUCAGCUUCUCGUUUACUACGUGACGCCGCAAGGGGAGCCCGUUAGCGACGUCAUAAGUUUCGACGUCAAACUGCUCCACAGGCAGGUGUACGUGAACGUGGAGGAGAGAGAGUGGUGGCUUCCGGGACAAUCCCUGGAUUUGGAAGUUGUUGCCGAACAGUCGUCCCUAGUGUGCCUGCUGGGGGGCCGAUCCGGCGGCGGCGGUGACAUCAAGUUUGAUCCACGUAUUAGCGAGGAACGGGAACCGGCCAACGUCGCCGGCGAGAUCGACUUCCUGGAGGCCGGCGUCUCCUUCUUUCAGCGUCAGUGCGUGCGUCGUGGCGACAGCGGUGCCUCCGCCGUCUCCUACCGCCAGCGGGGCAGCGGUGCCGGACCGUCGAACAGGCGGCGGCCGCCCGAAAGCCUCGUCGGCGGCACACCCUUCGACCAGCUCUGGUUAUGGAAGUGCUUUAAUUACUCUUCGGAAAUAGCGUCGACGGGCCUGACGAUUUCGGCGCCCCAGGAGGCCGGCAAAUGGUCCCUGUGGGCGCUGACGGUGUCCGGCCGCGGCGGGCUGCGUUUCUCCGCACCGGUCGCCGUCCAAGUGUUCCGUCCGCUCCAGGCCGAGUUCCAUCUGCCGCCCAGCCUGCGCGUCCGCGAAACACUGGAGGUCGACAUCAAGAUCGGCAACAACAUCAACUCCUGCAUGGACGUGACCGCGUUACUGGCGCUGAGCGAGGGGGCGCAGUUCCUGAGCAACGGACUACUGUACGUAACGGAACGUCUUAGGUUGGGACCGCACGGAGCAACGUCGUUGGUUGUUCGACUUCUGGUGACGUCGCCCGGAAUGAAGAACAUGACAGUGGAGGUGAACGGCUACACGACGUCGAGCUGCGAGGGUGCGAACGUCGGCGGCAACGCGUCCCUGGCCGGGGCGGUGGUGCGCUCCGCCACCGUGCACGUCCAUCCCGAGGGAAUCGUGCGGACCGACACCGAGAGCGCAUACUUCUGUGCGAACGAAAAUUUGGUAGUCUCGACCAUCGACAAUUACAAGCAUGAGUGGAUCAGCGCACCGCACAAUCAUCAUGGUCUGAUUGUUGAAAUGAAGGCUGGCGCCUCGAAACGACUGGGUCCUUUGCACGUCGCUCUAGCUGAAUCCAGAUCUUUGUCCGACAAGAUGUACCACAUCACCGUUGGAGAUGCUGACAACACCGUUACCUACAUCGGACGUGGAAAACACGGUUAUGGCAUUCAGUUGACAUCAAUCGAAACACCUGGAAUUCUGUCGAAGGACGAAUGGAGGACCUUUUGGGUGACGUGGGAAAAAAACACCAUCGCUUUUGGUAACGGGUCCGUACCCCACAACAACACCCUUCUGAAAUGGCGGAUGGACAAAAAAAUUAAAAUCCAGAACAUCGGUUUCUCGUCGUCCUGGGGCAGCCUUGCAGAAUUCAGAAUUUGGAAUUUCAACGAGGAAUCUGGCUUCUCUCAAGUCCUCCACUUGGACACCCCCAAAUCCAUGGUUCCCGGCUCCGAAUGGGGAGAUCUGUCAAUCACCGGAGGACUGGCCUUGCCGACAUUGAACAAAAAAAUCGAAGGCACCGGUCUCACCGCAGCGCUAGCUUCUCUAACUUCGUUGCUCACCAUCCAGCAUUUGGGAGGCAAAGUGAACGAAACCGAACGGAUCGAAGCCCUCGAAAAACUACCCGGCCACGUCCAGACGAUAUUGUCGUUCCGUAAAGUGGACAAUUCGUUCAGCGAACACCAGAUGUUGGGCAGUCACAGGGCGACGGUCUACACGCUCGAAGCUCUCACAAAAGUCCAGACAUAUUUCGCCGUCGACCCCGACCUGAUCCAGGCCAUCAAGCGCUGGGUCCAGCUUAGGCAGGAGGACGACGGUCGUUUUACCCCACUGCCCGCCGACGUUAAGCUGCCCCCGUCCAAACUCACCAACCCCGUCACUCAGAAAAACUUAACGGAAGAGACCGUCAUGCUGGAACACGUCACCGAAAUCACGGCCGAAACGUUGAUAACACUGUACGAAAUCGGCAUCGAGACGGACAGCGACGCAGACACGCUGCAAAAGGCGAAAAUAUUCUUGGAAAACAGUUUGCCAAAAGUCGAAUCACCGGACACCAUUGCGGCUGUUACUUUAGCUCUGGUGUUGGUCAGGAGUGCCACGGCAGCCUGGGCCAUCGAAAAGUUGAGGAACGCUUCGACAACCGAAGACGGGGAAUUCGGAUGGCCGCAUUUCAUGCCCAGGAGGGACGCUGCAGAUUGGCUAUACGAAACGGAGUCUGGAAAAACUUUAAAGGAACCACUAGUCGCCACCGCCGAAGAGUACAAAGCGUCGCUCUACGCUCUUUCGACCUUCUGUCUCAUUGGCGAUCUGAAGGCAGCGGAAAGUGUGUCCCGUUAUCUCUUCUACCGCUCCCAUAUGCUCGACAAACACCACGAGCUGCUUUUCACCGCCGUUCGUGUUUUCUCCCAAUACGACUCGCUAACUAGGGACCGCCAUCGAUCCCUGACAGUUUCACUGGCCACCUCCGGCAUGGAGCUGACUGACACAAUCGAACUAAGAACCGACAAGAGAGAGCAAGUUCUUCAUUUGCCCAGUUUACCUACGAAAGUUUUUGUUUAUGCCACCGGAGCUGGAUGCGCCACCGUCCAAGGAAAAAUUUCUUAUUCAACCUACAGUACGAAAAGAAAAACAUCCCUGCUGGAACUGUGGUCAGGAGUAACACAGGAAAUCCUGCCCGAUAGGAGCUCAGUCGAAGAAAUCGAAGGCAAACUUCCGGCACUCAAAAUCAAAACAUGUUUCAAAUGGAAGGGAUCUCUUCCUUCGGGAGUCCUCCGAAUGGAAGUCAGCUUAUUCUCGGGGUACGAAUUGGCAAUUGCGCCGCCGCAACUCUUAACACCACCUGAAAAUAUGGCAGAAAUGCAACACAGCUUCAACGCGAACAGAUUGUGGUUCAUUUUUGCCAACGUGUCCACAACUUGUCCCGUUUGCAUCCAAUACACAGCGAGGAGUGCUUACGUCAUCUCGUCGCUCCGACCUGCUUAUGCAAAAAUAUAUCCUGCCACCCGAGAAGAUUUGGCUGCAGAGACCUUCUUCCACGCCAAAUUCAAUAGUAACCUAUUGAAGUCGAUUACGGAGGAUGAUAUGAUUACUUGGUUUGGCAGCAAUUCGACAGAUGAGAAGGACAGAAUGUUCGAUGACACUGGUGAAUGUCAGGUAACGCAGACGCCAACAACAGUGAGUCCAAGUACAACAUCAAGCACCACAACUAGUCCAAGCACAAGCGCCACCACUACUCCGGAAGUUGUGAACACAACGCCAGAAACGACUGUGAAAAGUACCACGGAAGAAACUACGACUCAUACGCAACUAUUAAAUAUUUUAAGCGUCGCCACGUACACAAUCAACGUGGAUAACGAGUCGAUUUCUAAUUUAACUGAAACUGAUAGCGCCAUAACAGAUUCCUUUUUCGCUGCAACUUCCUCAACUGACCCUCCUGCAAUCACCACAACCGAUAACUCACAGGAAAACAUGAUCCACGACAAUUUUAUUUUGGACGACGACGAAGUAACAAGGGAUAAGUUCGACAAUCUGAAACUGAAAACGACGGAAAAACCUUUCACCAAAUCGGUUGCACCAACUGUAAAAAUGCCAAAAAAAGAAUUGAUAGCGGAAACAAUCUUGGCAGCUCCUAAGCACAUCAACGUUGAGGUUCAGGAGGUGCCGUCGCAGUUGGAACGUCACGCCGUUACUAGUGAAGAGCCUCCGGCCACUUUUGCUCCUGAAAUUAAAAACGAUCAGUAUAUUCUGUUGGACAAGGAAGCUCUGUGGGGCAUGUUGAAGGAAGUAGUGAACGACGAGAUGAAGAAGCAGACGACGUCGAAGAUCUACGACGGGGAGAAGCUGCGGAGACAGGGCUUCACGUAAUCUAGUCAAGCUCUAAAACAUUUUCAGCGUUGUGAGUAAUAUAAGAAUGAUCUCCUUUUAGUUUAGGUAUGUUCGUUUGUGACAAAUAUAUUGUAAAUAAUUUUAAAAGGUUGAUCAAUUAUUGACAAAACUGAUUUGUUGAUAAUGUUUAGAUAAACCUACUGUUAGCAAUACAAUGUGAGUGUCUUUGACAUGAAAAAAAAUCAAUUACAAUCAAUAGAAAAAAAUUAGAAGCUUUAUAAGUGGGUAAAUGUUAUUUUAUGUUUCUGACCUUUAAUGUGCCAAAAUCGACUAACAAGUUUGUAAAGGCAAAAAUCAAUCUGAAUCUAAUACUGCUUAAAACUGAUCAUGAUUAACAUGGACCAAUGUUGAGUUAAAAAAUAAAUAACUGCCUGAUAAUUUUUCCUACACCUUCAAUUACAAAAUUACUAGGAAAGAUUGAGAUUUGUCUGUUGCACAGUUUUUCCUAAAUACUGCCACGAUACAGGGUUUCUGGCGUUAUGAACCUAAAAAUUCUUCUUUCCUGUCAAGCAUUACCCACGUGUUUCCAUUAAAGUGCGAAAAAUAAAACUAGAUAAGUUAAAUUAACGUUUGUAAAUAGAAAGAUGAUGUAAAUUAUCCGCCCAUUAAGUGUAAUUCUUAAAAUUAUAGUUAAUUAAUGAAUGUCAUAAAUAAAAAGGCAGCUUUUUUUCUUGUAAAUAUGCAUUAGUCACUGUACCUCAAGAAUAUAUAUGUAGAAAGCCAAAAUAAUUAUAACUCUAGAUCUAUUUCACAUUUUUUGCAUAACUUUUUACAUUAUUGUGUCCGACUGGUUUUAGUAAAUUCGUAUUUUUACAAGUUACAAAAUAAAUAUAGCAAGGUGCCAAAACUAAAAAUCCGACCUUCCCAUUUUGUGCCAACAGAAACAUCGAAAAAUUUUACAUUUUGGCUUUUUGCACAUUUACUCCAACAAAGAGCACCGAAAUUUUAACUUAUAAUUCCAGAUUUUUCAGUACAUGUUCAAAUUAAUCUUAAAUCAUUCCGAUCGACUCCCCACGACGGACAUUCCUUAAAUAUGUACCUACGUGUAAAAUAUGUUGAACUAUUAUAUAAUCACUGCUCACACAAACUAGUCAUAAGAGAAGCAAUAUUUUAUUUAAAUUAUAUCGCUUAAGCCGAAAUUAUAUUAGCAUGUUAGCUCUAUUUUAAAUACAAGAUUGUAUUCAUGUCAUAUCAGUGUUGUAUACUUUGUUUGUCAUGAUCCUAUUGAGUAUGAUUUUUUACAUGUAACCGAGUUUUAUUUCAGUCACUUCCCGAAUUCCCUUACAAUGUGCAAUCUUUAUGUAAACACAUAAAAAUAAAAAGACUUUAUUG